UCAAUGUCAAAUUAUAUUAUUUUGCUCUUCGAGUUGCGAUUAAUGAAUAACGCUAUUACGAUUUCGAAUGGGAACUAGUAAAAAAAAAUUAUUGGAUCCGCUUGCCACAAACUGAUAUUUAAAUUGAUUAUAUUGUUAUUCAUUUUCUAGGGAUAACAAUUACACUUUCUAUGUGGCAUAACUAUCGAAACGAAUUUAUGACGAAACAGCUGUGCAAGCAUUUGCCUACUUAGAAAACGUUGAUGACACAAGGAAGGCAGUUUAAUGGCAAAAAUGUCCAAAAUAAAAAAGUUGACCGGAUCCUUUCGGUACACGCAAUGGGAUCCGUGCUUGAUAAUAUCACAAAUAGUGGCCAUGCAAAGUGUGAUGUAUUUAUCGUUGAGUCUUCUUGUCGCGAUUAUGCAGGACCUAACGGGAUCAACGAGGACCCUCGACCAUAUAUUUGAAUAUCAUGAAAUCCAUGUAAAAGACAACGAAGGGAGGUCUGUUAUUUUGGCGUUUGUUUUAAAUGCAGUUAUUGGGGCAUACUUAUUGUGGUUGUUGGUGGGACGGACGAAACUGUGCUUGGAUUUCAGUUGCACAUACUACGGCUUCCAUUUGCUCGUGUGUUGGCUGUAUAACGGAAUGUUCCCCACCACAUUUUCCUGGUGGGCCUUGAACAUAGCCUGUGCGGCGAUCACAUGCGUGGCCGGCGAGUUCUUGUGUCUCCGGACUGAACUGCAAGCUAUACCGCUCAGCAAUAUUGGUGCGAAGGUGGACUUAUGAAACCCGAGUUCAACAAACAUUUAAAUGUUUUAAUGGACAUUGCAGUAGAAAGAGAUAUAAGAUACAGGUCCGUAGUGCUGCCUCUGUUGGCUAAAAUUGUGAGGUUUUUGCGAGACGUUAAUGUAAAUGUAUGUUAUACUGUGUAGUUAUUGAUAUGCUAAAGAAAUAUGUUUCGUAGACUUCGACCAAAUAUACUGUAGACACCCGGUCUCAUACAAAAUACCGCCUUAAAAGUGUCUCCGC